AUGUCAUCUCCCGACGAGCUUGUUGACGACAGUCCCCCCGAGAUCGACCCCUAUGAGAUCUUGGGACUCGAACGCGAGGCUACACCGGAACAGGUCAAGUCUGCCUACCGAAAAGCAGCACUCAAGAACCACCCAGACAAGGUCUCCGAUGACCAGAGAGAUGAGGCGAAGGAAAAGUUCCAGGCCAUUGCUUUCGCCUACGCCAUUCUCUCUGACCCGGCACGACGCAAGCGAUACGACACAACCGGUUCUACAUCCGAGUCCAUCAUCGACUCCGAGGGCUUCAACUGGUCCGACUAUUACCGCGAACAAUUCCAAGAUGCGAUCUCUGCAGAAGCCAUCGAAAAGUUUGCCAAUAAGUACAAGGGCUCCGACGAGGAGAAGGACGACGUCUUGAUCGCCUACGAAAACUCCAAGGGCGACAUGGACGGGAUCUACGAAUCAGUCAUGCUAAGCGACGUGCUCGAGGACGACGAACGGUUCCGCCAGAUCAUUGACGAGGCUAUUGCCAGCGAAGAUGUCCAGGCAUACAAGCGAUACACAAAGGAGAGCAAGCUGUCAAAAGCGGCUCGCGUCAAGGCAGCAAAGGGCGAGGCGAACGAGGCCGAGGAGUACGCCAAAGAGCUUGGAGUUCACGAUAAGCUCUUUGGCGACAAAAACGGCAAGGGGAAGAAGAAGGGCAAGGAUAAUGGAGAGGCCGACCUGGCCGCGCUCAUUAAGGGCAACCAGCAAAAACGUGCAGGUUUUCUGGACGAUCUCGCUGCCAAGUAUGGAGCCACCAGCCAGCCUAAAAAGGGCAAGAAGAGGGUCGUGGAGGAGGAAGAGCCGUCAGAAGAGGCAUUCCAGGCUGCAGCUGCACGGCUGAAGAAGCCCAAGGCAGACGAAAGCAAACCUGCCAAAGCGGGAAGAAGAUCGAAGCGGUAA